GUACAAUCAACUUUGACUCAUUUGCAUCAACAAUUUGACGUUUCUUCUAACCCUGACAUUUGCUUUGAUUUUUUAUGUAUCAUAACACAAAUGACUACCGUACCUCCUGUAAAACCCCCACGGGGAAUCAAACAUGCCAAAGAAACUAGUGGUUUGUUAAUGUCUGUAAUUCGAGCAUUAUCUGCCAGUGAGACAAAUGAACAGCGAGAAGUUGAGAAGGCCAAGCUAGAAAAAGAGUACAAGAGGAGCGAUCAACGUCUCGAUGAAUUGGUAUCCCUACAUGAUCAGGACCUGACACAGGUCAUGAAGAUAUUCAGUACAUUGUCGGAAAGAGUAACAGCAGCUCGUGAGAAGAUUCAUGCUGUAAAGGAAAAUUUGAACGCCUGUAAACAGCUGUUGAGAUGUAGAAAAGAUGAGCUUAUGAAAUUAUGGCUGGAGGGUAUCGAACAUAAACAUCUUUUACAGUUGCUCGAUGAGAUUGAUCAGUUACGAGAUGUUCCUUCUCGCCUGGGCCAUUACUUAAAUAGGAAACACUACCUACAUGCUACAAAGUUACUAGUGUCAGCUCUUUCGCUUGGAGAUGGAACACUCGAAGGAGUUGAAGCACUGAGGGAAGUUAGAACAGAAUUAGAAGCUAAAGAACAACAACUGCAUGCCAAACUACUCGAAGAGCUGAGUAAACACUUAUACAUCGAAUCAACGCGGGAGGCAUUGUUCAGAAGACAAGGCUCUGGCCGAGAUUUUCAAAGAGGCAACGAAUCGCGUGGUUCUAGGGGCAACAAAGUUAGACGUGCAUUGCUUGAUGUCAUGUCUGCAUACCCUGCAGGACAGGCUCCAAGCCGUCGCACUUCGCUUGUAAACAUGGGAACAACCGCGGUCGCUGAAGAUUUAAGCAAUAUUAUUGAGGACGAACAUUCUACAAAUCCGGACGAGAAUUCGGAACACUUCUUGGCGAUUAUAAUUGAGUGCCUUGCUUUGCUCAACAAAAUACCAGAGGCUGUUGAAACGGUCAAAGUACAAAUGCAAAGUGAGUUAUUGAACAUAAUAGCUCGAACGUCUAGAAAAAUAAUGGACAUGGGGGACAAUCAACCAUCCAUAGUUAAACCACCAUCCACUGAAACUACAGAAAUCAAGAUUGUAACAAGCAAUAAUACUACAACAAAGCAGUCGCUCUUGCUUGAUUUGCUUCAAACGUUGUUCGAACAAUUCAGAUUAGUGGCUGCAGCACAUGCAAUAGUAUUACGGAGCUUUUCUUAUGUUGUAAAGAGGAAUAAUUUAGAUGUUCGAUUGUACGAGAUGCCUGAUGUAUGGAGUCAAAUUCAAGCAGUUCUUCAGUUACUGCUCACUCAAUAUUUGGAUAUACAAAAUAUGGGUGAUGACCCAUUUCAAACUCCAACAACACUGCGAGAACCAGCUAGUGAUAUAAAUACCUAUUUCGCCCGAAGAAAACAACAAAGACAGAAAAAUGGCUCACUUUUCAAAUUUGACUCUUCAUCUCAUGCUAUGACACUGAAUAAUUAUCUCAAGGAUCACAGAUAUAGCAGUCUUGGAUUAGCGGAAACAAGUCAAACUUUGGAUGCAAUAAAAGAGAAAAAACUUGUGUGUGAACCAGAUCCCCAGAAUAUAACGUUGAUAUUUAGGCCAAUGAUGAAAUUUAUCGAAGAAAUCGAACAAGCCCUAAACUGCGUUCCUGGAAAUCCGUGCACAUUGAAUACUUUCAUUGCAGAUUAUGUGAAAGAGGUGUAUUUAGGACGACAUCACGUAAUAGUGGCUACAGCUAUCGAUAUGGCUACUAAGAGUCCUGAAGCUUGGCGAGCAACGACAACCCCGGAACUUAUGAAAGAACUAGGCUUACCUAGGCCACUUCUACAAAGUACCGUAAAAGUUGAACAAUGCGUCUCUGAGUUGAGAUCUCUUAUGACCGUUUUGCCUCUCCAAGGUGAACACUUUUGCACUCUUGCAUUAAAUAUUCUUCAUAAUUAUCGUGAAACAUGUCAAGCUGCGUAUCGAGGUAUAGUUCAGCCUGAAAGCGAAGACAAGAGAAUAUGCUCAGCAGCAUGGUUGAAAGACGACGAUAUCAGUAGAUUCAUCAAAUCCUUACCAAAUUGGGCAAAUUUAAAAUUCGAGACUCACCCACAGCGUGGCGGGGCUGGGCGCAGGUCGAUGCGUCGUCAAGAAACGCAAGAGGAAGAAAGCCCGGAAGAAGUUAGACAACGUAAUCUGAGAGAAGCAGAAAUAUUAGCGAGUAAUUUAGGUGAAGGUGGAAUAAACGCACAUGAAAUUUUAUCCGAUGUUGGUCAAUUACGUGGUUUAGCGCUGCUUCAAGAGAGCAUGGAAUGGUUUGCACUGUCCAUACGAUCGUUUGUUGCCGAAUUGCGUCAAGCUAAGUACUCUAAUGAUUCUCAAGGCUUACCGUCAAUGCCUGAAGCAUUGGUGGAGUCGCUACAUCAACUGGCUGUUGAAUUUGACGAGCUUGCAAACACAUGUAUAUUGGUGCUACAUUUAGAGGUACGAGUGCAAUGUUUCCAUUACUUACUACCACGAGGAGAAUAUAGUCACUUGUGUGGUGGUGCGAGAGAUCCUCAGGAAGCUGAUCCUCGAGUCGAAGAACUCUGCCGAGUAAUGCAACACAUCGACGAAGCGAUGCAGUCAAUUCUCCAUCCAAAGAAAACCAAAUACAUCUUUGAAGGACUCGGACACUUGAUAGCUAAAAUAAUAAUAACUUCUGCUCAGUAUAUAGAGAAAAUAGAUGAAAUCAGUAUUCAAAGAAUGUGUCGCAACGUAUUCGCUCUCCAGCAGUCGUUAACGAACAUCACUAUGGCAAGAGAAUUGGCUAUGGACCAUGCGCGACAAUAUUUUGAACUGUUUUAUCAAACACCGGAAGAAAUUUUGAAUGGUGUAUUAGAAAAAGGUCCACAGUUUUCUGAACUUGAAUAUAUGAAUGCCUUCCAACUAAUAGGAAGAAGUCAGCAGGAGUACAGCUCAAUUAAUAAACAUCUGGAAAAGUUAUCUGAAAUAUUAGGCGAGGUGGGAGUUACAGUGUAAUAUUUUUCAACAUGCUUAUCUGACGCUUGAUCAAAUUCUAUACACAACCAAUGUAGAAAUAUGAAACCCCUUGACUUUUAAUCAGACACGCUCAUGUUCAUAGAAAUAUAUCAUGUGUAAAGUUGUAAAGUUAAACUCUAGUUCAUAUUUGAACCUGGAUUGUUGAUUACUGAUAUUUUUCAUCUGUUACGGACGGUAUAACUUGAAAUAAAAAUGAAACAAUGUAUCCUUUCUCAUGUCCCAAACUUGCUACUCUUAUCGCUUAGUCUAGAAUAUGAAAUAUAACAGAUAUGAUGUAUUCUAUCGAGCCGCUUAUUCUACAUAGUUCAUGGUAAUUAUUUAUCGAACAAAUUAACUUGGAUAAUGUAAGAUUAGAUAUAUACAAACUGAUAUAUUUGUAGCGACAAAUCUAGGUAAUUUUUUGAGCAAUGCCUUCUACUAAUGCUCAGCCUCUAGAUUGAACACCUUAUCUAUAGAUCCCGACGUCGUAUCAUUCAUUUUUCAGUAUUUCUGUAUAUAAUUCAACGCACUGAUAUCAUUUUGCAUAUCACGCUGUAUAAAGUUUUCGAUAUAUUCGUCAUCAUUAAUCAAUCAGUUGACACGAAUAAUUUAUUUUUACUAUUGUAAACAUUACUGAUUAUUGUGCUUCAAUUUACGAUAAGCAACAAAAUAAAGAGUGACACGAUAUGAUCGCGUUAACAAUAGCCAUGCAAAUAUAUUACUUGAUUAUUGUAAUUGAUUAUCAAAUCAAAAUGUAUAGCGCAAGAAAACAGUUUUGCUACAAUCACAACACCUCGCCUGGUGAAACGAAACUUUUAUCCAUGAAAAUAAUUCCCGUGAUGUUAUUUGUUUACAUGUAUUGCGCUUAUAGUUAACAAAAUUGUGAAAUUAUUAACUGUUAUAAAAUCUAUCUAGGCAAAUAUGAGAGAAUGAAUAAAAAUGAAGAAAUUCGAAACGUGCACGAAA